AUUCUCAGCUCUAUCAACGGCCACGCCGCCCCCGGUCAGGUGCUUGCAGUGAUGGGCGCCAGCGGCAGUGGAAAAACUACCCUCCUAAACCUGCUCAGUGGACGAACUAAGCCCACUUCCGGUUCGAUUACACUCAAUGGAGCUCGCCUGAGCAAACAGCAGCGGCGGCGCAUCUGCUACGUCCUCCAGCAGGACAUCUUUUUUCCCAGUCUGACGCUGAAGCAAACGUUGAUGUACACCGCCCGUCUUCGCCUGCCACAGUCAAUGCCAAACAGAGAAAAGCAACGGCUGGUGGAGAAGCUGAUCAGCGAGCUCCACUUGACGCAGUGCCAACACACUGCAAUCGGCGAUGUCAGCCAGCGUGGCCUUUCCGGUGGCGAAAAGAAGCGCGUCAACAUUGCCUGCGAACUGCUGACCAACCCUAGCGUCAUGCUCAUUGAUGAACCCACUUCCGGUCUAGAUUCCUGCACCGCCCACUCUCUGGUGGCGACCAUCAAGCGCUUUGCCGUGGAGAAGCGCAAGACGAUCAUCAUGACGGUCCAUCAGCCCUCCUCGCAGAUGUUCUACAUGUUCGAUCAGCUGCUGCUGCUGGCGAAUGGCGGCGCUGGAGGAAGGCUGGCCUACUUUGGCCCGAUCAACGGUGUGGUGCCCUUUUUUGGCACGCUGGGCCACAACAUUGGCCUGCACUACAAUCCCGCAGACUACAUUCUCGAGGUGGUGGCCACGGCCAAGGUGAAAAACGGCGGUGAAGGAGAAGGAGGCAUCGAGGAGAUAAUUGAGGCGGCGGCAGCAGAGGCGGCCAGACGGCGAAGUGGAGAUGACCCUCAUCACGCCCAUCACCACCACCAUCACCACCAUCACCACUGGAAAAAGACCGCCAGUCUGAAGUCGAUUGAGCUGAGCGAGAUGUCCGAGGUGAAGUUCAGCGACUGCAACCAAAGUGCCGUUAGCAUGGGUGAUCACCACCACCACCACCACGCUGGUGAUCAUCAUUCUCAUCAUCAUCACCAUCACCAUUUAGACUCUGAUUCGGGUCGUUCGUCUUGGUCUGAGCCAGACCGCAGCUCCGAAGUCUCCCUAGAGCAGCCAUCAUCAGCCGCCUCACCUCAGCCAAAUCUGUCUCCAAACAAAGAGACCGGCCACGUCUCCUUGUCAAUGGGCGUCCAGCAUCAGCAGGAGGAGGCACUCUUCAAGAACCUGAAGGAUAAGAAAAAGCUUCACCCAAAGAAAAAGUUGUCCCGAAGACAGCCACCAAAGUGGCCCACCUCAAUGUGGACGCAGGUGCGCGUCCUCACUGAGCGAAACUUCACCGAGGCAAAGAGUCGCAUGCUCUCCAAGCUCAACUGGAUCCAGACGGUGGUGCUGGCCAUUCUAGCUGGCCUCAUCUGGUACCGACCGACGAGGACUGAGGAGACAAUGGAGGACAUUCGAGGGUGGAUGUUUUUCACCACCACCUACUGGAUGCUCUUUGGCCUCUUCCAAGCACUGGUCUCCUUUCCCGCCGAACGCGAGGUUGUCAACAAGGAGCGCGCCUCAGGCGCCUACCGCCUCUCCGCCUAUUACCUCGCCAAAAUGGCCGGCGAACUGCCCCUCACGGUGGCGCUGCCCUCCGUCUUCUUCUUCAUCUCCUACCCGAUGUUGGCCGCCAUGGGCGACAACCACCUUAGCUUCGCCUCCUUCCUCUCCUGCUGGGCCUUCCUCCUGCUGUCCACAGUGUGCGCCCAGUCGGUGGGCCUCUUCAUCGGCGCCGCCUGCGCCGACCUGGAAGUCUCCGUCACCAGCAGCGCCCUCUACUCCCUCUCUACUAUGCUCUUUGCAGGCUACUACACGGCCAUGCCGCCUUGGCUCGCUUGGGCCCGAUACGCCUCUAUGGUCUACUACGCCUUCCUCAAUAUGCAGCUGGUGGAGUUUGGUGGCGAUUCAGGGGGAAUACUAUGCUCUAAAACGGCCUCCAAGUUUGCCUACUGCCAGCAGUUCUACGGCAACUCUAACUCAACGACUGCAACCACUGCCACCGCCAUCAAUGCGACCAUUCCCUACUCUGAGCUGAAACUGCAGCUCGAUCUAAUGAACCUAGGCAGCGAGCCGACGCCCCUCUGGUUCAACAGUCUUGUGCUGGUGGGCUUUCUGGUGGCCUUCCGUACCAUGGGCUACCUGAUCUUCCCCGGGAGCACGGUGAUGGAGCAGCUGCACUUUAGCAUCGCUGAAGGCAGGCACAGCAGCUCGGCGGCAGCAGGAAACAGCGGUGAGAACCUCGAUAAUAACGGCAGCAGCAGCAGCAGCGGCACAGUGACCAUCUCUGAGGCGCAGUCGGAGCUGUACAAGAGCUUUCAGCGAGAGGUGAUCAAGGCCUUCCUUGCUGUGACCAAGAACCUGAUGGUCACUGAGAUUGACGCCCAGAUGGAGGUCAUUGACGAGCAGCUCGAUGAGAUGUUCGCCUUUGAGAUGGAGCUGGUUAAUAUCACCAAAGACAUUGCCCAGGCUGAGAAUGCUGCCGCUGCUGCAGCAACUGCCUCCACCACCACCACCACCGAGUCAAACAACUGCCUGCCCGUAGUUUGGUUCAAUCAGUCGGCUGCUGAAGAGGCCAAAUGCUCAUGA